AUGGAGAGUACUGCAGAAGAUAUAAUUCAGGGAGUAAUUCCAUUACCUAGCGUAUAUUUAGAAAAAAUGCUUACAGAUCCACCAAGAAGAAAUAAGAACGCUUUGUUUGAUGGGCUAGUUGCAUCUUCUAAAAUCAUUUCUUCUUUGGUCCAGUCAAUCCCCAUGCCAUGGGAGGGUGACAGAGCGCUUACAUGUGUAUAUACAACAGAUGGAAUAAUAUUGGACUGUAGCUGGAAGAAGUCAGAAGACAGUAUAAAUUAUAAGUGCAAAUGGCUUUACACUCUGCAUGGGUGCGCAUUUCGCAUUACAUAUCCAGUUAAAACAAGAAAUUAUACGAAUAAAGAGUACAAAGAGCUAAGGAAGAAGUAUCCUAUAAUAAAAAUAUCACAAAAGAGGAGCAAAGAAAGCUUGUUCCCAAUUUUGUACAACAGUGCAAGAAAAGUGCUUAAAGACAGGAAAAGUGCAAAUGAUAACCUAUUUAAAGAAGAUACUGAAACAAAAAGAAGACCUAUGUCCAGAGAAAGCAUCAAUGUUCUACUAGUUAAAGCGCAAAAAGAAAUAAAAAAACAAGAAAAGAGAGUGAUACAAGAUAAAUCAGAAGUAAAAUCCCAAAAUAAAAAAGACUCUAGGUAUAUACCGCCAAAGAAAGAGUUUAAAAGCGUAAUGGAGUGGACCAAGUUUGCCAGGCUAUAUUUGUCUCAAGGCAGGAGAAUGCUAAGUUAUGUAAUUGAGGAAAGAAAACUAAAGCACUUACAAGUAUCAGAUGCAUAUACACUAGAUGCAUCAAGGACGCUCAGCACAAAAGACAAAAAGAAAAGCCGCUUGGGACAGUCAUUUCAUGUUAUACAGGAGCUCUUUAAAUUUUUAGCAAGAAUAGUAGCCAUAGUAGAGAAAAAGAAGAAAGGAGAGAUUUCGCAAGAAGAGUCAAUGAAAAUGCUUUUCAAAGAAUUCACACACGUUGGAACAACAACCGCCAUAUACAGGUAUAAGUAUUCUACAAUUAGACAGAUAUCAGAAACAUCAAAGAUGGCAAAAUUGUUAAAUGUCUGCACAGAAAAAACAAAAGCUCCGUACAACUUAAUGUGGUGUGAGCCAUGGCGGGUUUGGGCGCUUUUUCUUCUAGGAUGUACUCCUUUGCUCUCUCAGCGCCUAGCAGAGUAUGUGCAGCGAAGGAGAGAAGGAAGGCAGAGAAGAAAAAAAAGUGUAACCAAACAAAGAAUUAAAUCAGCGAGGGACAUAUGUUUUAAAAAAGGAAUAUUUGAAAGCAUUUUAAAAAUAAUAGAGCCACAAAAGAUAAAUUUACAGAUAAUCAAAAACACGUUAAAAAAUGCCUGGAAGUGCUGGAAAAAAGAAGAAAGCCAUGAAGAAUAUAUAAAAGAACAGAUUACGAGCAAAAGUCUUUCAUCACUGAAAAGUGAAGAUGUAUAUAAAAUACAGGACCUUUUAAUAAAACAGAUAGAAAGCCUGGGGAUUGUUUGGUAUAAAGAAACAGUGCAGGAAUGGAACAAGUAUGUUAACUGCAGAAUGUCCAACAAGAAAGAGAUAAAAAAGAUAAGGGCCCGGGUUCUUCGCAUGUCAAUGAUGUUAAACAAGAGAGCACAGAAAUUUGCGCUAGAAAAGGAAUUCUCUGGAGAAUGCAGUUCUGUUCCCUGUCUAUUUCCUAACGAGGAAGCAGGGCGUGUUAAUCUUCUUUCACUUGGCCUAUAUUCAGCAGAUAUCAUGCAGGACAUUCUGUUUUUAUCGUUGAACAGGCUUCUUAGCACAUACAAAAGACAUUUAAGCCAGGAGGAAAAAAGAGAAAUGGAGUACAUCAAAACAUCUAUGAACUCACUUCCAGAAACACUCGCUCGUAUCAUUAAAAGACUAACAAAGCAUAAAGAAAGUGCUCCAAUAGUUAUAAAGUACACAGCGAGCGAUCUUACGUACAUGUACUUAAUUGAAGAAAAGACGGCGGACUCGUUUUUAGAGCAUCUUAUGGCAUACCACUUGCACAAAAACAAUCUUCUGGUGCACAAAACGCUUCCUUUAGACACUGAGCCGCUGCCUGUUACUUUGUAUAAAUACGCAGAGAGUAUGCGGGAAAUAAUAGAAAAGCAGCACGAAUUAGAGGAAAAACUGGGAAGAGCAGAGUCUCUCUAUUUUUCAUCUAUUGAUCUAACAAAUGCAUCCAGAGAGAUAGACAGAAUAUCGCUUUCUAACUGUAUUAGUGAUAUAUGCGAUGGUGUUCUAACCAAAUAUAUUAUUUCCAAGUGCUCUUCUACACUUACUUAUAAGGAUAUUACUGCAACACAAAGGCUUGGCAUAUCAUGUGGCCUAGAAUUCUAUUCCACAGUAAAUGAGCUUAUUCUGCAAAGAAUUGACAGAAUUCUAUGUAAGCUUAAAAACAAUAUUGUUAUGGAAUAUUUCAGAUGUGGAAAUAUCACAUAUAUUCUUCAUACUAAAAGGCUCUUUGAUUUUAGUACGCCAGAACUAUCUUUGCUAGUAGAUCUUCUGGUUCCCUGUGCAAACAAUGCUUCCUAUUAUAGAAAUUCUGAAUUUCUUAGAGAGCUUUCUCUUCUUGAGGGAAGACUAGAGAGAUUGCCAAUUCUUUUAUUUAAUAUAGGUAAAAAAGAGCGAAACCAGGAUCAAAUAAAGCAAGGAAAGCUGGCAGAAAUCACUAACAGUGUUAAAAUAGAUUCUUUCCCAGUUUCUCUAAAUGUGGGCGAGUUUUAUAUUAAUCUAACACAUACCUCUGCACAUCUUCAAUCCUCAAAAGAAGCACUGCGGGAACAUUUUCAUUUAAAAGCACGAAACAUAUACUAUGAUAUGACAGGAAGCUCUUUUUCUAUUGCAGCAGAUCGCUGGAAUCGCCUUAUAGUACAGAUCAUUUUAUUCUUUAGAGAAGCCCUUACAAAGGAGUUUUGGAGAAUAAUCCAGCGGUAUGAAGAAAAGAUAAAGAAGAGAAUUAUGGCCACGGUGAACAGCCGAAUGAGAAAAAGAUUUUCAAAUACUAUGUUCUAUGCAGGAAAGGAAAUUGGAGGGCUUAGUCUGAUUUCUUCUCUUGUUUUAUUGCAGGCAACUGCUCCAUGGAAAGAUGAGAUUGCUCUAUCCAGCGCAGUAUACAACAAGAUACUUUCUGAGAUGGGUAAAGCCUCCUCUGAGAGGAUAGCCGACUCUUUGCGCUGUGUAAUAAGUUCACUAGAGAAGGCGGGGGUGUACAUAAAUCAAAGCGGAAUACCAAGGGUGCCAACAUUUCUCCAUAAGCCAGCCCGGUUUAGAGCGGAUGCUAUGUGGAGGCUUAGAAACUAUCAUUUGUCUGGAGUCAAAAGAUGGACCACUGAAAUACACGAUGGGUAUUGGGUGCCGUGGGAGAGAUAUAAUUCCCUUCUUCUGCGCACAAAUGCAUACUCUAUUGACUCUUCUCCAAUACACUUUACAAAUACAGACUGCACAGAUCCAAAAGCACAAGGAAAUCUUCUGCCUUUAGUAGAACAGAAGUGGACUGGCACUCAAAAGCAGUACGAGUCUACUGCAAAAGAUCCAAGCAUUUCAAAAAGUAUAAUAUGUAAUAUAGACACCCCAAAAACAGUAAUAAAGGCACGAUUAAGCGAAGCCUCCAGGCUACCUAAUAAGAUGUUUAUGCUUUGGUGGAGCCCUACUAUCAACCGGUGCAAAGUACAAGUAGGCCAUCCAAUGCGCAUUUCGGGCACGCGAAUAGAUCUUUAUGGAAAGCUUUCUUCACUUAGGCUUAGUUACGAAAAGCUUUUUUCUAAUGGGCUGUGGGAGAAUAUCCACCUAGAAAUAGCACAGAAACUAGCCCAGUUAUUGGAAACUACCACUCUUACGCAUGGAGUUCAAUCAAUCAGCUUAGUGAAUCUGAACUCAUCUCUCACAGAAACUCUUCUUCCAUCUAUAUUAUUUGACAUUCCAGAUCUGUCUCUAUUUAAUGGGUGGAUUGCUCUUAAACUCCGGUGGAGUGAUAUUGACACAGAUAAUAUUUCAGACGAAUGUGAAAGGUAUCUUGAAGAAAUGAAAGAAUCUGCAUCUUCGUACACACACAGCGCACACGGGUGUGUUGUUUUGGUUGAUCUAAGAAUAUGUGAAUAUCGAGUUGGGAUAACAAACAAGGCACUUUCUCAUAUAGAUACUCUUUUGAACAAAUCUUUAUUGCAUCACCUGCCAGAUCUUCCCAGCUUGAAUCUGCUAAAGUCCAGGAUAUCUCGACUAGUGGGAUAUUCUGUGGAGGAAAAAAAGGUGUUUGCUCCUUUAGACAUGUUCAAAUACUCGCGCGGCACACUUCUGUUGGAAAUAAGCAAUGAGUCUGCCGUGGGAAUAAACAUACUAACAGGAGAGAUAUAUAGGCGAAAAUACACAGCAGAUACUAAAUUUGCAACUAUUGCUCAGUGGGUUGGGCAAAUAGUCACAGCACAUAAGAUACACCAUGUAUUCUCACUACCAAGAACAUGCACACUCCUAGCAAAGUCUAAUAUAAAUGCUAUGUGCAUGCCCUGCAAUAUAAAUAUAGAGUUAGCCAGUAUUCCGUGGGAAAUAGGCAAUCCUUAUAAACACUGGGGGAAAUCUGCACCAGCAUACUCUCUUAUGCGCCGGCUAUUUCUUAUAGUGCGGCAUGUGUCUUUUUUUGGCAUGGAGGCACUUGAUUUAUUCUACAAAACCCUGCCCAGUGAAGAAUGGGCUUCUAUAGAAAGCAAGCUAGCUAUGGAAGUUUGCGAGCGCAUAAAAAAUGAGAGUAAUAUCUCUGGCAAAAUAGUAGCAGAUUCUAACCAAAUGAACAAUUUUCUUGAUAGCAUUGCCUUUGGAAUAGAUAUAAAAGAACUGUUUGUUAAGCCUCAUGAUAUAGAAGAGUGGAAAAAUAUGACAGACUGGAGAAAUAGAUAUAAAUUUUCCUGCCAGGAUGCAAGUGGCCUAGAUGGCCUGUUUAUCCCAGCAAACAAUCAGAAAGGUACAGAAACACAGCAGUUAGAUCAAGCAGAUAAAACUCCAUCUUUUGCAAUUAACCAAGACAUACUUUCUACACUAAUUCGUAUUUCAGACCCGUUAGUUCCGAUGGUUGGGUUUAUAUGCCACAGUUCAGCGUAUCCUAUGCGAUCUAUCCUUAUUACGCCCCGGCAGUUAUUUAGCGCUAGAAACUUCUUUAUUUCUCUUUCUAGCAGCGAGCCUUUUGUUUUAAGUGCAAUAAUCCAAACAAAAACACCUUUUUCAGAUGGUAUUACAUUUACUUAUACCGGAAUUCCCUUUGCCAUGCAAUCUGAUAUUUUAAUGCUUUCUCUUGAUAUUAUUCAUAACAAGUGCACAGGAAAUCUGUGUGAAGUUGACUCUAUUGGAGAUACGCAUUCCUUUAAGUCAGUUAAAGAUAUUUCGGUGUGCUAUACAAAAGAGAAAAGCAUGUUUUUAACUGCAGUUGGGUGGAAUCAGAAUAUAGUUAAGCACCCAGCAGACCCUGUACUAAUUCCAGAGAGACCGCUCCCCUUCUUUGCCGAAGAGUUUAGAAGGUCUCAUUUUAUUUAAUAAAAUACUCGAAAGAAUCCAUUUGGGUAGAUAUACCUUAUCAAUAAUAAGUUUAUGCCUUAUAUAGUAGUAUAGUGAUGUUUACAUUUUGUAGUAUAUUUAACCCACUGGGCUCUUAUUAUUUUUAAUGAUAAUCUGAAAUAUAAUCUGAAAUUAAAAUAAAGCAAAUAAUAAGAUAUAUGUAUAAAAUGUUGCCGUGC